CUGUCAAAGUCAUUUUUAAAUUUCUGGUUUGUACUUUGUUUAUUUUAAAAGUUACUUGAAUUUUAUUUGUUAAUACUAUAUAAAUUUAAAAUGACAAAUACAAAACAGAUGAAAAUUACAAAGUUGUUUAAAAAGGGUGCAACGAAGAUAGCAGAAGAUAAUACAGAGCUCCGAGACGAGAUAAAAGAACUAGAAAAUAAAUUAAAGGAAAAACAUAAUGAAUUUUUUCAAAUUCAAAGAAAUAAGUAUCGGAAAAAAGUUUCUCCAAUAAACAAAAAAAAAGAUACUUUUAUCAGACCGCAGAAAAUUGUCCUGAGUAACUCCGUAGAAAGCCUGAAACGGAGUCUAGAACUAAUAUCAAUGCUAACAGGCAUGGAAGUUCAAUCUUAUGUAGCGGAUGAUCAUUGCUGCAUUGUAUACCACAUGCAGCAUAGUUCUGGACAUCUUGUCAAACAUGGCCUUAGAAUUGACAUGAGUUCUGAUGGGAAUGUGGUAUCUAAAUCUUCACUUCCCGUUGGUUUCAACUUAAAGGCUGUGAUGGAAGACUUUGAUAAUGUCAUGAUGCCAGAUUGUCUUGGUUCAAUCAGAAAGGCCUUAGUAGCAUAUUAUGAUAGAUUAGAGCAAUUUGAAGCAUUGAAGAAACUAUUAAACAUAGAAGCUGAAAUGUUUAAAAUACUUGAUGGUUCACACAUGGAGAUCACAUUCUUUGCUCAGAGCCAAGUAGAAGAGGAAGAACAGUUCAGUGUUACUCUCAUACUGGACUACCGGGUCUAUGAUAUCAGGCCAAAAACUUAUUGCUUUAAGGAAAUUGAUCUACCAGAAGGAGCUUCAGAGGUACUGAAAGAGCAGUGUUUAGUUUUCAAAAGAAAGGCAUUGAACAAAGCUUUUAAGGAAACAUUCAUGAAUGAUAUUGGCACAUACAAACUUGUUCAACAGCUUGGACCUCGACGUUCAGCUCAUGAUGUCAGAAAGACAAAACGAUUGAGGCCUAACAAACACCAAUACAAUAAUGAUGAUACUUUCCUUCCUGAGGAUUGUUCGGAUCAGGGUGAUGAUGAUGAUGUCAUUGAAGAUAUUGAAUAGAUAAUUAAACUCUU